CAACGUCACCGUGUGGCUGCCGGGCAGCCUUUGUCCGGUUUACUUCGGCAACUGAUUGGGGUUCAGUCGAGAACAUUGGAACAAAGCAGAGAUGGCCCUGGCCGCAAAGACGACCAGUCGGCUGACGCCUCGGCGAUUCGUCAAAGAGGUCCUGAAAUCGAUGAUUGAGGAAUCUGGCCUGGAGGGGCGGUUGUUUGGGCAAUUCCUCCGCAUCACCGAUGCCCAGGAGGGCACGGUUCACUUUGAGCUGAGAAUCAGGAAGCAGCACGUCAACCGGCUCAAGAUCCUCCAUGGAGGCACCAUCGCCAGCUUGGUCGACCUUGGCGGGUCGCUGGCCGUCGCGUCCCACGGGCUGUGGUCCACCGGCGUGUCCACCGACCUGAACGUCACGUACAUCAGCAGCGGCCCCGGAAUAGGGCAUGUGCUCCGAGCAACGGCCAUCUGCGACAAAUUGGGCGAGACCCUCGCCUACACCAGAGUUGCCUUCUUCGACAUGCGGAACAAUCUGGUGGCCAGGGGCCACCAUACCAAAUUCGUCGCCCAAGCCGUUGCCACGAGCAAGCCGUUUGUCCCUCCCCAAGGAGUAGUUCUUGCCAAGUCACCAAACAGUGCAAAGUCAGACAUGGACAAGGCGCACAACAAGAAGAAGGAGGCCCUUUUCGCGACAAGCGAUAAUAAGUCUGGUUCCCGCGCUCGGAUACUGUCACUACUAGAAAAGGACCGUCCUCCAACGGACAGUGGCUCGAUGUUUUAAACCCUAAAGCACAUCAAUUUGUCAUCCAUCCCAGCAGUGUGGAUAUUGUGAGUCUAGACGAACGG